CAACCCAACCACAGCUUCUCUCUCCCGCCACCACCUCCUCCUCCUCCUCGCCGUGCGCGCCACCCAUCGACCAUUGCUGCGACGCGCGCCUCCAUCCAUCAGCCAUGCCGCUGCGCCGACGAGACACGGACAGCCGGAGCCAGGCGCCGCACAAGUCCAGCAGCUUCUCGCCGGCCAGCGCCCGCGACGACGGCAUCAGGCAGCGGGAGGCGAUCGACCGGAACCUCUCCCUCGGCGCCGCCCGCCAGGGCGACCACCACGAGCUCAGGAGGGACCUGCACCCGGUGCCCGCCGGCGCCGCCAUCAAGGAGGAGGGCGAGGAGGAGGAGCGGGAUGGCGCGGCCGGCGACGGUGCUCCCGAGGGCGGUGGCGCGGAAGGUGCGGGGAGCGGGGAGCCGGACCUCGCCGCGCUGUCGGUGGAGAUCGACGCGUUCAUCGCCGGGCGGGAGGGCGGCGAGGCGGUGAGCGAGACGGCGCUGGAGAGGUUUGCCUCCGCCGUCGAGAUGGAGAUCGCGCAGUCGGAGUCGGCGGCGGACAGGUGGGCCACGGACGCCAACGGCGAGCCGCGGGCGCUGCUCGCCGCGAUCUCCCGGAUCGCGGCGCUCGCGGCGUCGCUGGCCAAGAUCCCCGAGGGGAGCGGCGGCAAGCACACCGCCGGCGCGCACCGUGUCACCGCCGUGCUGCACCGCGCUAUGGCGUUCCUCGAGGACGAGUUCCUGGCGCUGCUCGACGGCCCGCGCGUCCCCAAGGCGACCAACGCCGGCGAUUGCUGCAAGACGAUGAAGCGGCCGCCGUCGUUCGAGCAGGCGCAGCACGAUUCUGACCGGUGCGUCCUUCCGAUCGCGGCGGAUGCCGGCGCCGGAAUAGGGGAGACCGCGCCCCCGUAUCCUCCCGAGACGGUCGACCGGCUCCGGUCCAUGGCCGACGCCAUGGUCACCGCCGGAUACGUGACGGAGUGCACCCAGAUGUUCCUGGUGGCUCGCCGGAACGCGUUCGACGCGUUGCUCCGCGCGCUCGGGUACGAGAAGGCGAGCAUCGACGACGUGGUGAAGAUGACAUGGGAGGCGCUGGAGGCGGAGAUCGUGGCGUGGACCAAGGCGUUCCGGCACACCAUCAACGUCGGCCUCUCCACCGAGCACGACCUCUGCGGCCGCGUCUUCGCCGGCCGCCACGCCGCCGUGGGCCGCGGCAUCUUCGCCGACCUCUCCCGCUGCGUCAUGCUCCACAUGCUCAACUUCACGGAGGCGGUGGCCAUGACGAAGCGCGCCACCGAGAAGCUCUUCAAGGUGCUCGACAUGUACGAGGCCAUCCGCGACGCGUCCCCGGUCAUCGACGCCUUCCUCUCCGCCGAGCCAGCCGACGACGGCAGGAACAGCACCGCGCUGACCGACCUCAAGGCGGAGCUCAACUCCGUCCGCUCCCGCCUCGGCGAGACGGCCGCCGCCAUCUUCCGCGAGCUCGAGAACUCCAUCCGCGCCGACGCCGGGAAGCAGCCCGUCCCGGGCGGCGCCGUGCACCCGCUCACCCGCUACGUGAUGAACUACCUCAAGUACGCGUGCGAGUACAACAGCACUCUGGAGCAGGUGUUCCGCGAGCACGGGAACCACUCCGACGGCGGCGACGCCGACGGCCACGGCGGCAGCCCGUUCGCGGCGCAGCUGAUGGAGGUGAUGGAGCUCCUCCACGGGAACCUGGAGGGGAAGUCGAGGCUGUACAAGGACCCGUCGCUGAGCAACAUCUUCCUGAUGAACAACGGGAGGUACAUGCUGCAGAAGAUCAGGGGCUCGCCGGAGACGAACGCGAUGCUCGGCGAGGCGUGGGCGAGGAAGCAAUCGACCAACCUGAGGCAGUACCACAAGAACUACCAGCGCGAGACGUGGAGCCGCGUGCUCGGCCUGCUCCGGGACGACGGCGUGAUCACGGUGAAGGGGUCGGUGCAGAAGCCGGUGCUCAAGGAGAGGUUCAAGCAGUUCAACGCCGCCAUGGACGAGAUCCAUCGCACGCAGGGCGCCUGGGUCGUCAGCGACGAGCAGCUGCAGUCGGAGCUCCGCGUCUCCAUCGCCGCCGUCGUCGUGCCGGCCUACCGCUCCUUCCUCGGCCGCUUCUCCCAGACCUUCAGCGCCGGGAGGCAGACGGAGAAGUACGUCAAGCUCAGCGCCGACGACGUCGAGACCAUCAUCGACGAGCUCUUCGACGGCAACGCCGCCUCCAUGACCAGGAGGCGGACAUAACAAUUUGGUUGGUUGGCUUGGCGCGCACGCAGGCAGAUCAGGAUGGCGGGAAAAAAAAGAGAGAGAAUUAAUUUGAGCUGAUUAAGUUACUGGUUUAAGCCAUGUGUUAAUUAAUUUGUUUUUUUUCUUCUGUUCUUUUUUUUUUCUGGUUAAGAAGUUGAUUAAUUCGACCAAACAGGUGAUGUACUACUACUUACUGAAUUAUCUCAGGGCAGAUAGAUGUACUGUGUCCAUUAACGAUUAA